CUUAAAGAAAGAAAAUGCAAGCUGAUUUGGUGUUCUCGUCUCGUCGCUCACCAGUCGUCUGCUUGAAUGGUUGUGUAGCAUCCAGUCAGCCUCUAGCAUCCAACAUUGGACUCGAAAUCCUGAAAAAGGGUGGAAAUGCUGCAGACGCUGCCGUGGCUGUGGCCGCGGCUCUGAAUGUAACAGAGCCUACAAGCACAGGCCUCGGAGGAGAUGCAUUUUGUCUCUUUUAUGACGCUGCCACCAAGCAGGUGCGAGGACUUAAUGGAAGUGGAAGAAGUCCUAAAGCGCAGAAUCUGGAACUGAUGGAGAGGUGUGGCUUUAGUCAGAGCAACCCACCACCCAACUGCCACGCUAUCAAUGUCACUGUGCCUGGAGCAGCAGCAUGUUGGUGUGACACGGUGACAUUAUUUGGAAGCAAAAAGGUGACUUUAUCUGACCUGCUACACCCAGCUAUAGAGCUGGCACAGAAGGGUUUCCCAGUGGCUGAGAUUACAGCAUACCAGUGGGCUAAGAAUACCAAAUCCCUGAGGGCUGCUGGCAGAGAACUGGGAGAAGAUUUACUCAUUAACAACCAGCCACCUAAACAUGGCCAGGUCAUGAACAAUCCCAACCUUGCAACCACAUUCCAGGAGCUUGUGCUGCAUGGGAAAACGGGGUUCUAUGAGGGCAGGAUCGCCCAAGCCGUGGUAGACGUUGUGCAAGAAAAUGGUGGUGUGAUGAGCUUGGAUGACAUGAAGAACCACGUCACAACUGAAAUCACUCCGAUUAACAUUGAUUACAAAACAGUAAAAGUUUGGGAGGUCCCACCCAACAGUCAAGGCAUGGCGGCUCUUAUCGCCCUUAAUAUCCUUGAGAACAUUCCCCUCAAAGAUCUGGGCCACAACAGUGCCAACUACCUGCACAUCCUGGUUGAGUCUCUGAAAUUGAGCAUGGCUGAUACCAUGCACUUCAGCACAGACCCUGAAAAGGUGAAUGUCCCCGUGGAGGGGCUUCUUUCCAAGGACUAUGCCCUCCAGCGAGCUCAGUUGAUCCAAAUGGACAGAGCCAAGAGUGUGUGUGAACCUGGGACUCCCACAGGAAGUGACACGGUGUAUUUUAGUGUGGUGGACGGAGAGGGAAACGCCUGCUCCUUUGUGAACAGCAAUUAUAUGGGCUUUGGCACUGGUCUUGUCCCCCGAAACUGUGGAUUUUCCCUCCAAAACAGAGGAGCUAAUUUCUCUCUGGACCCCACUCAUGUCAACUGCGUAGGCCCGGAGAAGAGGCCGUACCACACUAUAAUCCCUGCCAUGGUCACAGAUCCCUUAUCAGGCUGCCUCCUCUGCUCAUUUGGGGUGAUGGGGGGCUUCAUGCAGCCUCAGGGUCACGUACAGGUCUUGCUUAAUAUGUUAGAGUUUGGCAUGGAUCCUCAGCUUGCACUUGAUGCCCCACGUGUGUUUGUGCAAUAUGAUCAGGCUGCACAGAUAUGGCAGCUCAAUCUGGAGGCGGGCAUGGACCGAGGUGUGGUUGAUGAGCUCAAAAAGCGGGGCCAUGUGGUGAACUGGCCAGUAGAAGGGCAUGAACGUGAGAGGUUUGGACGUGGGCAAAUUAUCAGCGUGGGAAAGUGGUGGUGGGACUUAACCGAUGAAAAACCAGAAGGAGAAGAGAGGGUACUGUGGGCAGGAUCUGAUCCUAGGGCAGAUGGCUGUGCUCUGGGAUAUUAACUAGCUAACUGCAAAGAAAUACAUGUCAUAUUUGGGCUAGCGGACAAAGAAAAGGGAUGUUCAAGUCAAACCGGGACUUGUAAUGAAAUUUCUUGUGAAAACGCAAAAAUGAAAGCGCAAAAAAGAAAACAUUCUACGUUGAUGGUAUCUGACCACUAGUCAACCACAGGGAUAAGAGCAUAUAGCAGGGGAUCAUAUAGAGUAAUUAAUUAAUAUAGAAAAAUUAAUCAAGUUUUUUUACUUCCAUAACUGUAAUGUGAAAAAAGACACUUCACAUAAUGAGAUGAAAAGUAGAAGUCCAUGUGCCUCAUUUAAUUAUUGCUAGACAAUGCUUAAAUGCUUUAUGCUUUAAAAUAAAUGCUUCAGAUACACCAGGAUCAUUUUAGCUAAAAUAUAUUAAAAUGAUAUUUAAAUAUUUCUAAAUUCCCUGUUUACAAAAUAUUUUUUUCAUUUAAAAUCAUGACCUAAAGGAUAGAUAUGUGGCAGUCUGGGAAAAACUUGUCAAAUGGGAAAAGAUACUGGCCUACAACAUACUUUGUCACGAAAACUUUAUUAAACCAUAAGCAUACAGUACUUGAUCAAAACCAAUGUAUAAAGUUUAUUUGUUCUUUUCAAUCAUGUCUUCCUCCAAAGUUUAAGGAGCCAGUUUAACAAACCCAGCUGCAAGAACAGCUAUUUCCUUGAGCACAAUGUCUUGGUCUUGUUGUUGUUUAACCACAGUAUGUGCUUAUAGCAAACGUGACAUACUGUAAGCCUAAUCAAUACAUAUUCCUAAAUCAGAGUGUGGCUGUCAAAAUGUCUGUGAUGUUCCUGUACUACAGUCUGAAUGAAGUUUAUAGUGCAAGUGUCUCUUUUGUAAUUUUUGAUUGAGAUGAAUGCAGAAAAUAAACAUAUACUGUAUCAUAUUAAGAUUGUAGUUUUUGGAGCCAUACUAUUUGUGAUAGGUUAUACAAGGCUGCCCCAGAUUUGUGUAAUUACAAACCUAAUCUUUUAAGUACUGAGUGCUAACACUUCUUCAGUUUCAUACAACUGAAAGUUUAUUAUAUCAUUUGC